AUGCGCCGGCCGACCGUCGCCGUCUUCAGCCUGCUGCUCCUCUGUCCCUCGCUCAUCGCCGCCGCCCCGCACGAAUCGAUAUCGAGCGACCACCGUCCAAGCUACACCCCGCGGCCAUGGCGGAAGCUGUCAGAUGCCAUUAUUAGGAACGUAUGGGGUCUUCCAGACACACACAAGAGCUUGGGUACAGAUACACCACCUGCGAGAGGGACUCCCGACCGUUCUCUGAUCGCACGAUACGGCGAGGACAUCGUGUUGCGCUUCAAAAUCACCACACCGGACGAGGCAUCGGCUCUCGCAGAGGCCGCAGAUAUUUUAUUCCUAGAUGUGUGGGAGUUCACUUCAGACUGGGUCGACAUCAGAAUAGCCAAGGAUGUGUUGCCAUCCUUGCUUGGUCUCCUCCCAAAAUCUCUCCAGAAUGCCCACGUCCCUCUCAUGCAGGACCUCGAUCUUGCCCAAGCCAUCUUUUCUUCCUACCCAUCACCAUCCGGAACCCAAUCACACGAUGACGAUCACUAUUCCCCAAACCUCAAGCCCUCACCCCGCUUGGGAGGCAAAGGCCAUCCUUUCUUCCAAGACUACCAACCCCUCUCAGUCAUCACUCCCUGGAUGAGUCUCAUAGCCUCCAUGUUCACCACCCACGUCCGCCGUAUUAAUGUCGGCGUAAGCUACGAAGGCCGCGACAUCCCCGCCCUACGCGUCGGUGUCCACCCCACCAACGCCCAGCAAAGUGUCCUCCCUCGCCGCACCGUCCUGAUCGCUGGCGGCUCCCACGCCCGCGAAUGGAUCUCGACGUCCACCGUAAACUACGUCGCCUGGACGCUCAUCAAUUCCUACGGCAAAGACCGCGAAAUCACCCGCCUCCUCGAGCAAUUCGACUUCGUCUUCGUCCCCACGCUCAACCCAGACGGCUACGUCCACACCUGGGAGGUCGACCGCCUGUGGCGCAAAAAUCGCCAGCCUACCUCCCUCCGCUUUUGCAAGGGCGUCGACCUCGACCGCAGCUACGCCUUCCAGUGGGACGGUGAAUCCAAGCCUACGAACCCCUGCUCUGAAUCUUUCCCUGGCGAUGCGCCCUUCGCCGGCGUCGAGGCCCAACAAUUCGCCGAUUGGGCGAAGAACGAAACAGAGAAUAACAAUGUGGAAUUCGUUGGUUUUCUGGAUCUGCACAGCUAUAGCCAGCAGAUUCUGUAUCCCUACUCUUACACAUGCAACGAGGAGCCGCCCAGCAUCGAAGACCUCGAGGAACUCGCCAUGGGGCUGGGCAAAGCCAUUCGAACAUCCCACAAGGGGCACGCCUACAAGGUCACCUCCGCGUGCGAGGGCAACGUUGCUUUCGCCAAAGACGGAAAGAAAAUCUUCCCGCGCAUCGAAUCCGCCGGCGGUAGUGCGCUGGACUGGUUCUACCACGAACUUAAAGUCAGAUAUAGCUUCCAGAUCAAGCUGCGGGAUACGGGGAGCUAUGGAUUUUUGCUGCCCAAGGAUAAUAUCGUGCCCACGGGGAACGAGAUCCUUGAGUCGGUGCUGUAUUUGGGGAGGUUUAUGCUGGGGGAGGUUGGCAUACUGGAUCAGGCGCCGAAUGCUGAAGACGUGUUAAUGAAGGGGAGGGAGAGUGUAGAAAAGGAAGAGGCGGAGGAGGGAGAGGAGCAGAUUGAGCUGUAA